AUGCUCCCUUCGUGCUCACUUGCUUUCUCGAUAAGUCGAUAACUGGUACUAUAUAGGCCUGCAUCGUGGGUUGUAUACGACUGCAUCGGUAAGAAAUUGUGUCAGUCGUGUUCGUCCAACCAACCGGGUUAGUCUAUUCCGUGCCCCUUGUACACAACCGCCCUCUCCCCCCAACACCCACAUUGGUAGAAAAAAAGGCCAUCGUUCAGCAAUGACUCGAUAUCCGGGUCGAAGUACGGGAAUUGGUGCUGAUAGACCACCUUUACCUAACGUGCUACCAGUGCCCGCUACUCUCGGAACACCCAUUACGGAGGCCACAGCAAUCGCCCUGAGACAGAUCGUCUUUGGCCAAUGUCCGUGUUUGGUGCGCUCGGAAUUCUUCUCACGUGGCCCGGGCAUGGUCUUCCGCGAAGCAGAACAGCAGCUUGCCUACGGACUAACGUUCAUCGGCGGCGAUAUGACUCCCCUGGCUCGAUCCGUCCUAAUGAUAGUUCAAGCGCAGGUCCUGAGAACGCUACUCUUUGAAACGGAUCCGAACAAAACCUUAAAAUCACGAAGAGAUCCUUUAGAGCCGACGAGAACGAUACAGAAAGAAGCUCUUGUGGCAGCUCUAGCCGACAUCAUCUGGCGGGCCGGAAGUGGACAAGGCGUACUCUGUUUACCAAGCAAAUCUGGUGUAUAUCUCCCAGAGUCUCCCCAGUUCAAUCAAGACGGAGUGACUGAAAAAUUGCAGCUGGUACCUUUCGGAAAGUGGGAUGAACUCGUAACCGUGCUACGCCGAUAUAUUUACAUAUUCCAAGAAGAACCUGGCCCGGCUGUCCUUCUUUUACUGUACAGCGCCGUUUUAUCCAGAGGCUUGGAUCGAGUGAACGAAGACCUGAUGGGACGAGCGGCGAAUUAUAGCGGACUGACAAACAGAAGCCAUCUGGUGAGUUUUAAGGGUAGCAUUUCUAACAGUGUGAUAUGCUUGCUCAUGACCGGAAGAGCUAGUCAGUAUUUGCAUAACGGUGUCCAAUACCGAGGAGAUGAAGAUAAUGCGGCUGUUGCGGAAACGGGAGUGUUAAUUCGGUCACCACUCGGCCUCCUCUUAUGGAUGGGCAACGAGGAAAAGACACAAGCUGCUAAUCUUGGAUCCCGAUUAAAAACACCAAUCUUUCCUGUUUGGCUGGUGAUCUGUUGCGACCAAACUGGCCUUUUAUUUUGCUUAGACCGUGCUCUGAUGAGGGAUUACCGAAACGAGUACAAGUACGUAAUCUAAAAAUUUACGCGUCAAAAGUUAAACCCAAAGGACACUGUCCUCACUGUCACCCUCAUUUCUGUUUGAAGCUUCCAGUUGCAUUACUUCACCAGUUCUCAUUACCAGACAAGUGAAACCAUUUUGAACAUAAGCACCCGCGGAUUUGAAGAAACGGAUGC